AUGAGAGUCCUGAGCCAGGUCCUGCUCAUCUUCCUGGUGCUGUCAGCCCUCCAGGGUGACGUGGUCACUCCAUGGGCACUCACACUACGGAACAACAUGCUGAAGGAGAGCAUCAGGCUGCUGGGCCAGCUGCGGGAGAUGGAGGUUUCCUGCAAUGCCAUGAACGUGACAGAUAUUUUUGCAGAGGAUAAGCGAGGUAACAACAUGGAGAUCUUCUGCAAAGCUGCCACAAUUGUUCAGGAGGGCCACAGCUGCCACAAGUACCUCAAGGGCAUUUACCACAACUUGCUCGGCCUAGCCUGGGGGACCAGAGCAGGGCACAAGCCAUGUCCUGUGGCAGCAGGCAGCACAACCUCACUGAAGAAYUUCCUCGAGGAAUUGCACCGAGUCCUCCAAGAAGAAUAUAAGASUCAGAAGUGA